GUGUUCACAGAAACAACACAGACGCAUACAUUAAGUGAAAGCCAAAAACUUUUACAGACUCCGACCGAACCUUACACCUCUCUCUUAAAACGACACCCCUUUCUCCCGUCGAGAGAGGUCUCCUUCUUCUCCUCCUCUUUCUUCCUUCUCUCUGAAUCUCUCAAGCUCAAAUCUUCCAUUUAUUUUCUUUCCAAUUCUAAUGUCUUCUUCGAGUUCUUGUUGUUACAAUUCUUUGCUUUUCUUGUUACUGUUAAUGUUAACGAGGAGUUGUAACGGGUUUGGCACAUUCGGCUUCGAUAUUCACCACCGGUAUUCGGAUCCGGUCAAGGGGAUUUUAGCCCUUGAUGACUUGCCAGACAAGGGUAGUCUCCAGUAUUAUGCUACUAUGGCUCACCGUGACCAAUUAAUCCAUGGCCGUCGACUUGCUACUGCUGAUAAUUCGACGCCGCUCACUUUCUUUGAUGGGAACGAAACUUAUCGGUUCAGUUCUCUGGGAUUUUUACAUUACGCUUUUGUUUUAGUUGGGACACCGAGUUUAUCAUUUCUUGUAGCACUAGACACUGGCAGUGAUCUCUUCUGGUUACCAUGUGAUUGUACAAGUUGCGUCCGUGGCUUGCAAACCUCAUCUGGAAAGGAAAUACAGCUUAAUAUCUACAGCACUAAUAACUCAUCAACAAGCGAAAAAGUCCCCUGCAACAGCUCCUUGUGUUCACAACAAAAGCAAUGCUCCUCCUCUCAAAGUGUUUGUCCUUAUCAAGUUUUAUAUCUUUCUGAAAACACUUCAUCAAGUGGGUACUUGGUAGAGGAUUUUUUGCAUUUAACUACUGAUGACACUCAAAGGACAGCUCAUAAUGCAACAAUCACAUUUGGUUGUGGUCAAAGGCAAACUGGUUCAUUUUUGGAUGGUGCGGCUCCCAAUGGCUUAUUUGGGCUUGGUAUGAGUAAUGAAUCUGUUCCUAGUACUUUAGCGAGAGAAGGGUUAACUUCCAAUUCCUUUUCCAUGUGUUUUGGACUUGAUGGAGUUGGGAGAAUCAGUUUUGGAGAUACAGGAAGUUCAGACCAAGGAGAAACACCUUUCAAUCUGAGGCAGUCACAUCCAACUUACAACAUCAGCAUCAGUAAAAUACAUGUGGGCGGGAACGAUUCUAAUCUUGAGUUCACUGCAAUUUUCGACACUGGUACCUCAUUUACAUAUCUAAAUGAUCCUGCCUAUUCUUUUAUAUCUGAGAGUUUCAAUAACCAGGCAAAAGACAAACGCUAUUUAUCUGAUCCUGGUUUACCUUUUGAAUAUUGUUAUGAGAUGAGCUCAAUUCAAGCUGUUCCGGAGCUGCCAAUUCUAAAUCUGGUUAUGAAAGGUGGAAGCCAAUUUAAUGUCACUGACCCCCUAGUAAUAGUUGGUCUUCCGGGCAAUACAAAUAUAUAUUGUCUGGGUAUUGUGAAAAGUGGAAAUGUGAAUAUCAUUGGACAAAAUUUCAUGACGGGUUAUCGCAUAGUUUUUGAUCGUGAAAGGAAUGUAUUGGGUUGGAAGCCAUCAAACUGUUAUGAUCUUUUAGACACCAACAUCCUACCUGUCAACCCAAUAACUCCUGGAGGGUCACCAUCUACAACAGUGAAUCCAGAAGCCACCGCAGGGAAUAGCAACAAUCCUAAUGUAUUUGGGGAGCCAUCAUCUUCAGGGAAUGGUUCACCUCAGUUGAACUCUUUCACUUUUGCCUUCAUUACAGUUCUUAUUUCAUUCUUUACCGUUUGAUUAUUUCUUAGUUAUGUUAGGUUCCUUAGGAAUUUCCAUAUCCUUGUAUUAUAUACACAGUACACAGACAGACAUUUCUUUCGAGUACAGUUACACAGAAAAUCGGAAAGCAUUAUUGGCUUUCUAUUGAAUUUUUGGUCUUAGCAUAUCUGAUUUCAUCCUGUGGCUGUAAAUAUCUUUAAACCAUACGAGUAGUUAUAAAUGAUAUAGUAGUGUUUCAUUUUGGUAUCGAA